AUGGAUCCAGAUGGCUUAUAUGAGUAUAAUUGUGUCGAGAAGGAUCUGUUGAGAUUAAGAAAUAAGGUGGAGAAGCUUCUUGAUGAUAAUGGUAUUCAGGUUGAGGGCGCUGAGGCGAUCGGGGGAGUUAUCACAAAUUACUUCACUAAGUUAUUCACGGCUGAAACUGGCGACGUGGAGGAGGUAAUUUCUUGUAUCAAUUCUCACAUCCUGCCUUCUGAUAAUGCUAGAUUAGUCCGGCCAGUUAGUGCAGAUGAGGUGAGACAUGCCCUCUUUCAAAUGCAUUCGGACAAAUCUUCUGGUCCUGAUGGUUUUGGCCCGGGGUUCUUUCAACACUAUUGGAAUAUCUUUGGGAGUGACAUCACUUUGUUCUGUCGCCGCUUUUUUGAGUCUAAAAAGUUGCCGGCUAGGGCAAACGAUACGUUUGUUAUGCUGGUUCCUAAGAAGGUUGCCCCUGAAUCUAUGAAGGAUCUCCGUCCUAUAGCGUUGUGCAAUGUGUUGUAUAAGAUAGUGUCGAAGAUGUGUGCUAACAGGAUGAAAACCUUACUUGAUGGAAUUAUUUCACUAGCUCAGAGUGCUUUUGUGCUAGGACGUCUCAUCACUGAUAAUAUAAUGCUUGGGUAUGAGGCGCACCACUACCUGAAGCGUAAGACGCAGGGUAGGGAUGGAGUUGCUGCUUUGAAGAUUGAUAUGAGCAAGGCUUAUAACCGGGACUGGGUGGAUAUUAUUUAUGAAACGAUUAGUUCAGUCAACUAUCAUGUCCUCCAUGAACAACGGAAGUUGGGCCCUAUUAAACUGAGAAGGGGUCUACAACAGGGUGACCCACUGUCCCCUUAUCUUUUCCUGUUGGUGGCUGAGGGUUUGAGCGCGUUAAUAGAUAAUCGUAUGCGGAGGGGUUUGCUGCACGGAAUUACCAUAGCUCGGGGAGCGCCUUCAAUUUCCCAUCUACUGUUUGCAGACGAUUGUUUCCUCUUUCUACAGUCUAUAAGAGGGGAGGUGGUGAAUAUUCUGGGAGUUAGCCAAGGGGACACUUCUGGCAGGUAUCUGGGUUUGCCUUCCCUGGUUUCAGGGAAUAAAAAAGCUAUACUUGGUUUUCUGAAGGACAAAAUAUUGAGUCGGGUUCGUAGUUGGAACUCGAGGUGUCUAUCUCGUGCGGGGCGGGAAGUUUUGUUGAAGAAUGUGCUGCAAGCUAUGCCCUGUUAUUCCAUGAUGGUGUUUUUGCUCCCGAAGGGCUUGUUUAACGAGAUAGAGGUGCUCCUGAACAUGUACUUUUGGACGGAGAAUGCCAAUAACGCCAAAGGCUUGCGGUGGAAAACCUGGAAGUGUCUUCGUUUGCCAAAGGAUAAAGGAGGCAUGGACUUUAGACAGCUGCAUGAAAUGAACCUAACUUUGCUAGGGAAGCAGCCGCGUUGCUCUUUGUUUGAUGCAACCGCUGGAAGUAAUCCGUCGUUUGUUUGGCAAGGACUGUUGAAGGCAGUGGAAACAAUACAUAGGGGAAGCCGAAGGUGUAUUGGGGAUGACCAGACCACUACCAUUGGUUUUGAUCCAUGGUUACCGUCCAGUGACAAUCCGUUCGUGACAUCGCCGCUACAUGAUUCCAUUAUGGCGACUCCUGUGUCGUUCUUACUUGAUAUCCACGGUGCACGAUGGGAUGUGGAUUGUGUGAGGGAUAUCUUUAACACCCGUGAUGCAUCUCUCAUCAUGAAUAUACCGGUAAGUUUACGAAAGCCUCCGGACGCCUGGGUGUGGGGUGGUGGACUGAAGGGUGAGUACUCAGUGAAGUCAUGUUACAGAUUGCUAGUGGGGGAAGCUCAAGAAGCAUGGUCAUGGAGUGUUAUCUGGAAUUUGCAGGGAAGCAGGAAUGAGAAAAUCUGGGAUGGAGUCCCCUUCGUUCGGGAUGUUGCUGUAGUGAGGGCUUUGUGUUUUGUGUCGAAUUGGAGAGAAGCUAAUGUGACGCCCAAGCAGUCGCAUGCUACCAGUGAAGGAGCAACUCGGUGGAAACCUCCUUCUACUGGACGCAUCAAGUUGAAUACUGAUACAGGAAUGGAUUUACAAAAUAAUCGGAUGGGUCUAGGGUGGAUCUUACGGGAUGAUGGAGGGGUUUUCUUGGCUGUGAAGUGCAUUACUGUUGCGGGAAGUUUUGAUGUCAAGGUGGCGAAGGCGAUGUGUGUUUGUGAAGCUCUAUCUUGGCUUAAGGGAACAGGACUUGGUGAUGUCGAUGUAGAAACUGAUUCUCAGCUUGUGUUUAAUUCUUUAAAAUCAUUCUCUUUUACUUUUGCUUUUGGUUAUGUAGUAGAUGAUAUUAAAGAAGUUGUCUCCGAAAUACACGGGGUAAACUUCUGCUUUGUAAAGCGAUCUGCGAAUCGUGCUGCCCACCUUGUUGCGCGGGAAGCCGUUUCUGUGUCAGGUUGCGGGGAGUGGUUUGAUAAUCCUCCUCAUUAUCUUGUUGAUUGUUUACUGUCUGAUUUAAUGAAUUGA